AUGGAUAGUUCGCAGGAACAGAAGGAAGCUAACUUCAACGACGAUUAUAAGAAUGCAACUUGGUGCUCAGAUUUGUUCUACAGCUGGGUCACCAACUUAAUCAUGUUUUCUCACAAGAAUAAGGGACUUGAAGGAAUAAGCCAAUGUAUCCAGAUGCCAGACAAGGACUCUUCAGAGAAUCUCUGUGAGAUAUUGGGAUCAAACAUGGAUAAAAUGAAAAAUAAAGGAAAUUUUAAUUAUAGAUGGAGUAUUGUCAAGCUGGUCAUUAAAACUCUGAAAUGGGAUGUAUUCAAAACACUCCUUUAUGGAAUAGCUGCUGAAAUGCUUCAAGUGGGCAACCUCUUCUUAAUUUCUUUCUACAUUGCCUGGAUUCAGGAUUCAGAUAGAGAGAACUGGCUUGGGUUCUUGCUGAGCUUAAUCAUUUCUAUAAAUGCCUUUGGAGCGUUAUCAAUUCGCCACAAGUUCUUAUUUUACUGUAGCAAGAUUGGAGUAAAUAUGAGGAAGUCUAUCUCAGCUUUGAUUUUCAAAAAGGUAUUAAAAUUCAAUCAAAAAGCAUUAGCUAAAGCAUCUGCAGGAAAGAUUAUUACUAUUAUUUGUGGAGAGCUGCAAGUAAUUGAGAAAGCUGUUACUCUUACUCCAUAUAUCAUCAUUGCUCCUUUUAGUGCAAUCCUAGCUUUCUCUCUGAUAGCCAUCGACUUUGGAGAAGCUGCUGCUUUAGGUUUUGUGUUAUUCAUUCUGAUGAUUGUCAGUCAGGCUUUGAUUUCAAAGACAACUGUGAAGUGGAAAUAUUUAGAAGGAGUUUACUCAGACAAACGUCUGAAAGUUAUUGCAGAUAUUAUCAAUGGGAUCAGAACUAUCAAGUGAUAUGCAUGGGAGGUCCCAUUCAAAAACCUUGUUUACAAGUGGAGAAAGAGUCAGCUCAGCAUGCUUAUUAAGAAUCACAUCGUUAAUGCCAUUGGAUCUGGAGUGUUUCUGAAUGGAGGGUUUGCAAUCGCACUUGUGAUAUUUUCAUAUCAUUGGGGAAUGGACAGAGAGUUUUCAUAUGAGAGAUCUCUUUCAACAAUUGCCUUACUAAGCUAUUUGUCUUUGUCAGCGAUUUUCUUCUCUUACAAUGCUAUAUCCAACUUUGCAACCUUCAUGGCAGUCAUGUUUAGAGUUGGAGAAAUUUUAGAAAUGGAUGAGUUCAACUACGAUUCUGCUCAAGACGACAAGUCUCUUCCUGAAGGAGUCAGAAUCAGGUUGCAAGACGCUUCAUUCACUUGGGGGUUCCACAUUCGAAAAACUGGCAAUAAAGACGAUUCUAAGGAUCAAGACAUAGAGCAUGAAGACAUAAACUUACAUUCACUCAACCUUGAAGCAUCUGAUGGUCAACUCAUUUGUAUUGUUGGAGCUGUUGGUUCUGGAAAAUCUUCUUUGUUACAUUCAUGAAUGCAUGAGCUCAAACUCAAAGGUGGUUACAUUUCAACCAAUGGCACAAAAGCUUAUGUUGAACAAGAACCAUUCAUCAUGUCAGGCACUGUCAAAGAUAACAUUCUGAUGGGAGACCAGUUUGACUCUGAGAGGUUUGACAAAGUCAUUGAAGCAUGCUGACUCGACCACGACAUUGCCAAUUUUCAAAGUGGCGUUGAUACCGAGAUUGGUGAGAGAGGGAUUACCAUCAGUGGAGGACAAAAGGCAAGGAUCAGUCUUGCCAGAGCUGUCUACUCAGAUGCUGACAUCUACUUGCUUGAUGACCCGCUAAGUGCUGUUGAUCCUGAUGUGGCUGCCAAGAUAUUUCAGAAGUGUAUCAAUGGAUAUCUCAAAGAUAAGUGCAGAAUCUUGGUCACUCAUCAAGUUCAGCAUCUGAAAGAUGAAAAAGAUAUCUGUGUUAUCGAAGGCAAUACCAUCAAGUAUCAAGGCUCAUACAGUGAGCUGAGAGACCAAGGCAUUGACUUCGACUCUAUUCUCAAAAAGUAUGAAGGCAAAGAUCAUAAAGAAGAAAGCAAAGCAGAUCAUAUGAUAGAUGUUGACGCUAUUAUUGGAGAUGAGCGAGAAACUGGAAAUCAAAGUUCUGAGUCAGAUGAAGAAGAGUCUGUUAAUGACAAACAAGACAAGGGAUUAUAUCUUCCAAAUAUCCACACAACAAAUGUAAAUGGUUUGAAUACAGAGGAUGCUAAUGAAGAAAUUGAAAAGAAGAAUUCAAGUCAGACGAUGGAUUUGAAUGAAACAAAGAAAAAUCUUUCUCAUCAAGCAAGUAAAAAUGGUAAGCCAAUAUAGAAGGAACAAAGAAAGGAGUCAUCCAAAAUGAAGUAAAGAUCAAGGGAAAGGUCAAACUACGUGAAUUCUUCAGCUUCUCAAGGUAUGGGAUUGGCAUCAUUGGAGUUAUUUUCAGCAUCAUCUUCUCCCUCUUGAGUUCAUGUUGCUUUAUAUCGGUGAAUCUAACAGUUGGCCAAUGGACUAGUGAUGGUCAAGAUGAUAAAUCACUAUGGUAUUCGCUAUUUAUUAUAUCUGUCUGCUUGUAUAUUCUUGUCAGCUUUCUAAGAGGACUGGCAGUUGUAGUCACGUCUUUGAGCUCUUCACAUAAAUUACACUUUAAAAUGGUUUGGAAGUUACUCAGAGCCAAGAUAGUACUAUUUGAUAGUAACCCGAUUGGAACUAUACUCACUCGAUUUGCAAAAGAUCUUGCUAUGACUGAUCAAUUCCUUCCAAAGAUGAUUAAUUAUUUGCUAAUCACUUUUACUAAGUGCUUCAUCCUAUUAGUAUUCAUUAUAAUCAUCGUCCCAUGGAACUUGGUUAUCUUGCUUCUUGUGCUCAUUCCAAUGUAUAUGAUUCGUAGAUGGACGAUCAUUGCUCAAAAUGAUACCAAGAGAUUUGAUGCAAUGAGCAAAGGCCCAUUGAAUACUAGAUAUUCGUCAGCUCUAGAUGGAAUCACAAGCAUUAGAGCAUAUAGGAGGCAAAAUUAUUUUAUUAAGGGAUUCAUGAAAGAUUCAGACCUGAAUGCUACCGCCAAGUUUACAUACGCUUCUGUAUUGAGAUGGUCAGGAAGCAGAAUUGAUCUGUGCGCUUGUCUUUUCGUUGCUGGAAAUUUGUUCAUGGUGUCAAUAUUGACUGCAUUCUUUGAUGUUUUUGACAAGAAGCUAGCCGCCCUCACUGUCCAGUUCUCCCUUGAAUUUGCUGUGAAUGCAACAGUAGCAAUUAGAUCUUAUGGUGAAAUUGAGAAUAUGUUUACAUGUGUUCAGAGAAUGAUGGAAUAUGCAAAUAUGGAGUCAGAAGAUAAACUUACCAAACAAAAUGAUCCAAAAGAUUUCCCUGAAACUGCUGAUAUAUUCUUCAGUGAUGUACAUAUGAGAUACCAACCUCAUUUACCCAAAAUUUUGAAGGGGCUCACAUAUCAUGUUAAAGAUGGAGAGAAAAUUGGAAUCAUUGGAAGAACUGGUGCUGGUAAAAGUUCAAUAGUGCAGACAAUCUUUAGACUAGUCGAAACUGAACCAGGCUCACAAAUAGUUAUUGGAGGCGAAGAUAUAAAAGACAUUGGCAUUCAUUGCCUUCGUAAUGCAAUUUCUUUUAUCCCUCAGUCCCCUUUCUUAAUUUCGUCUACAAUCAGAGCCAACCUUGAUCCCUUCGAAGUGUACUCUGACGAGCAGGUCUGGAGAGUUCUUGAAGAAGUCCAACUCAAAAAUUAUGUUCAAAGCUUGAAUGAUGGACUAGCUACUGAAGUCACAGACCAGAAUAUAUUCUCUGUUGGACAGAAGCAACUGAUCUGCUUAGCAAGAGCCAUUCUUCGUAACACCAAGAUCUUAGUGCUGGACGAAGCAACAGCCAAUGUAGACAUCGAGACAGACUCACUGAUCCAGAGAGCAAUCAGAGAGAAGUUUAAAGACUGCACAGUACUAACAAUCGCCCACAGAAUCGCUACAAUCAGCGAUUCAGACCAAAUCCUUGUUAUGGACGAUGGGAAAAUAAAAAAACAUGGAAAACCCAAUGAAAUCUUGUACAAAUUUUCAAGAAGAGAAGAGAAAUAGAAUAAAUAAUUAAUCUUACAAUGC